GAGUUUCCAACUCCCUCGGCGCAUCAAUGGGGCGGAUGUUCCGCUACAUUACUCAACAAGGUCGCGCACCGUGCAAAGUCAGGCCGCAAAGAUGAGACAGGGCUAGGCAGGUUCUCAUGGAUCAAGAUCCGGGGCAGGGACAUCCGACAACAGGAGUCUCAGACUGAUGGGCCCCCGGCUGGUCCUUUAGAUCUUGUGGUGGUCUCUGCAUAUUGUCCAAACAAAGAAGGUACCAAUGCUGGUAGUGUUUGGAACUACCAACAGAAUUACUGGCUGAGCAAGGGGGUGACUGUGGAUCCCCGUGACAAGCUCACGCUUGAUCUGGUGGACCUGAUCAAAAAAUGGAAAGCGGAAGGUUGUGAGAUUCUGCUUGGGUUAGAUGCAAAUGAAGAUGUCUCCUACAACUCUCCCUCUUCCUUCCGCCAAGAGAUGAGGUCUGAAGGUCUGACCGAGGCCAUCUUACUCCGACAUCAGGGCCCUUACCCAGCGACAACCCAAAGUCGGAUGACGGAUACUCCCAUUGACGGUAUUUUUGUGACCAACGAGGUCCGUGUCACUGCAGGUGGAUACUUGGACUUUCAGCAGUAUUUUAAGUCGGACCACAGGGGACUCUGGAUUGACAUUGACCUAGAAGCAACUCUUGGGGCCCCACCAGUGACCUCUCUUUCCUUCCAACCACGUCGUCUGACACUGGCCGAUGGCCGGUCGGUUGACCGCUAUAUUAAGGCUGCGGAAGCGGGCUACCGGCAUUUCCGCCUUCCCCAACGCUUGACCCAAUUAGCGGAGGAUAUUUCGGUCCAGGACGGUUAUCUGACGGCGAAUCAGCAAGCUCGAUUCAACACCAUUCAUCGUCAGGCCUAUGAGAUCCGCCGAAGGGCUGAGCGCAACUGCCGGAAACUGACGAUGGGUAAAGUUCACUGGUCACCACAAAUGCAGCAGAAAUGGGAUAGGCUGCACCUUUACCAGCUCCUGAUCUUGGGCCAUAAACAGGUCAGAACUAGUUCACGGAAGGUCCGGCGUUUGUUGAAGAAGACAGGGUUGAGCGAUGCAUGGAAAUUAUCGGAGUCUGACCUACAGGCAAAGGGGCACCUCGAAUACCAAGCCUACAAGGAGGUAAAGCGGGAGCGGGCACAGCAGUGGCGCCUGGAAUAUCUGGAGAACCGAUCGGCAGCGGUCCAGAAAGCAAAGAAGAGCAACAUCAAAGCUCGUACCAGACGGACUCGAGUCCAGCGGAUGGCACAAAAAGAGGAGACUCGACGGCGCAGGAAAGCCCAAGGCAAAGGCUUCUCUGGCGGCCUCCAGCAGAUCAAAGUGGCCCAAGUGGCGCCAGACGGUACCUCCCAUUGGGUAACAUGCCAGUCUAAACGUCUUGUUGAAGAAGGCUGCAUGCAAGAGAACCGGCUCCGGUAUGACCAGACCCGCUACCCCUACUCCACUCCACCAAUGACUGAACCUUUGUACUCCGACUUCAAUGGCCCCAUCGUAGCUUGGCGGAGUCUGUCACUCCAACCGUGA